AUGCAUGUUGCGCGUCUGUACGCCUCGAGUACCGUGACGAGCAGUACCAUCUGCCGAUACCCAACAAAGACCAAUGAGAGCAUCCAACUCGAACUCCAGGUCCAACAGCAAUAUGCAGGUCGACCGUACAGUAAAACCGGAACAAACGACCGUCCUACCGCCACUGCACUUCCUGAGAGUGCAAAGCCAGCUUGCAGAUUCUUCAAGGCUGGGAAUUGCGUAUAUGGGGAGAAAUGUCUGUUCCGUCAUGCUGAAGAGAAUUUGGCCAAUUUGGCCCCUCGAGAUGCCGCCCCUGCUCCUCUUGCUGACGAACCCAAGCAGGACGACUUCUCGAGAACUAUCGGAGGCGCAUUCGUACAAUUCGAGGCCGGUGCUCGCGUAUCCAAGAUCCGCCUGCCCAGCGAUUUCUCUGCCGUCCGUAUCAACGGAUUGCCGCAAGGCACACCUGAGCAAUCGGUUCGGGAUAUGCUCGUUGAAAGGGGGUUCGACAUCGGCGUCGACGACGUGUAUAUGUUGCACAUGGAUGGCAGCUCCGGAGCGUCUGUAAGGUCGGACGAUCCGUCUUUCUCCAAGAGGCUGUGUGCCAUGUUCCACUCUGGCUAUACAUGGAAGGGUGUCAAAUUACACGCAACGCCAAUCGCUGCGCCCAUGCCCUCGGGCCACAACGCUCGACGGGUGGACUGCAAGAAGGUGCACAUAUCGUGGCACAAAGCGGUCCGAAAUGCCUGGUUAAACUUUGGCAACGCAGAUACUGCCAAGAGAGUGAGGGAAUUGUUCUCGAAGGGUACCUAUCGGAUCUUGGAUCAGAAAGUCACAACGGGGCCAGCUACUGAAUCUCAGUCGGCUUUUCCUUCGUAUGCGUGGUCACCGUCUAAUAGGAACCGCGUCAACUGGACAGUCAUGUUGACUGACGUACCAUCUACCGCCGAGAGGAAGGACAUCUUGCAAGCCAUCACACUGGAGCGGAACAGGCCUCAACAUGUCGAAUUUGGCCCGCCAACGUAUUCAACCGACGCUGAACAGGCUUCGGUCAUGAUACGCUCACUUUUGACGACUAUUGGACCUUUGGAGUAUUUUGAGAUUACGUUAGAGACCAACGCCAGGCGAGUCAAAGCCACUGCUCGCUUCUUGGACGAGUCCGAUGCUCGGAGAGCUGUCACAGAGCUCGACAAAAAGGAGCUACCUUUCCAUCGCAAGGCGCGGUUGACUGUCCAGAUGGUGUACUCGGCCAAAUUCAAAGCCGGCACAAACAUCUACAACGCUGUCUAUCACAGGAUUCUGACCCAGCAGAAGACUUGGAAAGACAAGAACGUCUUCUUCAAAGCGUACAACAGCGCCGAUCCCCUAAAGAGGUUCAGGCUCUUGAAGCUCGAGGGAGAAUCGGCAGAUGAUGUUGCGGUUGCCAAGGCGGACCUCGAGUCUAUUCUUGGCGGCGUUGUUGCGAAGGCGGACGGCAUCACUCUCUGGGAUUCCUCCCUCAAAGCCAAUGGUCAGCUUUUCCAAGCCAUCAAGAAGCUAGAGGCAGAGCUUUCCGUGACUAUUCUCCGGGAUAGAGGCAAAUCUGAAUUGCGUCUUUUCGGGUCUCAGCCCCGUUGCGAGGAGGCGGAGCGUCGGCUUGCUGACCUGAUUCGAGUCGAGUCACUGUCGACGUCCGCCAGGGUCAUUGAACUCGAACCUCACAAGUUCUUCUGGGCCUGCCAUGGGGGGUUCAAAAAAAUUGCUGCCAGACUUGGGCCCGAAAAGGCAUCGUUUGACAUCAUUUCCACACCCAAGAAAAUUGUCAUAUCCGGCUCGCUGGAAGACUAUGACGUUGCUCUGGCGAUCAUGGAAGGCCGAGAGCAAGUCGCAGAGCCAGUCGUGCAGCAUGGACUCCGUGAAGCGGCACAGGACUGCUCUGUUUGCUGGACAGAAGCGGAGAGCCCCGUCAAGACCAGCUGUGGCCACGUUUACUGCCAAGAAUGCUUCGAAAGUAGCUGCACGGCAGGAGACGGGACUGCCGCAGACUUUGCCAUCCUUUGCCAUGGGAACCAAGGCAACUGUAAGGAUGUCAUGACUAUUGAAGAUCUUCAGGAGCAUCUCUCUUCUUCUGCGCUUGAGGACGUGCUUGAACGAUCUUUUUCGUCCUAUAUCAAGCGACAUCCUAACGAAUUCCGCUAUUGUCCCACUCCAGACUGCGGCCACAUCUAUAGAGUCUCCCCAGAGGCGAGAACUCAGAACUGCUCCAAUUGUCUCAGGCCAACCUGUUCCGCUUGCCAUGAGCCGCAUGUCGGCAUGUCGUGCGCAGAACACCAGGACCUCAAGUCGGGAGGAUACCAGGCGCUGACCAAGCUCAAGAAAGAGCUGGGCAUCAAGGACUGCCCAAAGUGUAAAACUCCACUGGAAAAGAUCUCCGGGUGCAACCACAUGACGUGCAUAGCCUGCGAGGCUCACAUUUGCUGGGUGUGUUUGAUGACUUUUCCGAAGGGCGUGGGUAUAUAUGAGCAUAUGGGGAAGCUGCAUGGAGGGCAUAUCGACCUGCCGCAGCUGUAG